AAUUAUUGAUCUACAGCUCGCGGAAGCAGCUACGCAGCAGAGCGUAGCGUUGUUCAACUGGCGCGUUGGUCGGAGUCUCGUUUGGAACCAGUAGUCUAAACACUAUUGUCAGACAAGUGUACAACGUUUUCAGUGCAGACCAAGAUGGCUGACUUAGACAAGAAGAAGAAAAAGAAGAAGAAGAAGGAGAAAGAUGAUGGGGGCGAUGAAGGCGGUGAUGCUGGAGGUGACGACGGCGGGGACUUCGGCGGAGACUUUGAAGAAGGCGCCGAUACUGGGGGCGACAGCGGUUCCGGGGUAGACAACAGCACCCACAAUCAAGGCCACUGCCACCACCACCAGCAUGACGACACCAGCGGCGGGUCUCACUACCAUCAACACAAUGACACCUCCUCCAGCUACGACACCGGAAGCGGGGGCUACGACGGAGGCAGCGGAGGCUACGAUGGAGGCAGCGGAGGGGGCUACGAUGGAGGAGGCGGCGGCUACGGGGGAGAUUAAUCAUGCCCCUGUUUCCAAUAACUUUUCGUGCUCGUCUUUUCUUAAUCAAUUUAAAUAUUCACCCCAUAUAGUUACGGGCUUUUUACUAAUAGAUUAACCAGACAUUCAUUGACUUCUUAGUUACAAAUGUUUGAUACGCAUAAUAAGCAUUCUGAUCAGUUUGUAGUUGAGUUAUUGAAAAUGUGACAGUAGCAAAUGACCCUAACAUUUCAAAAUAUUAAUAUUUUACAAAACAUCAAUAAUUUACAUAACAUCAAUGUUGUUUUUUUUGCCCACAAAUAUAAAGGCCUAUACUGAAAGACGAUGUGUAACAAAAUAGAUAAAAUAUAAUAGUAGUAGGCCUCUAUCUUAAGAAACUAUCUUGUAUAUAUGUAACAUUUUUUGUUGUUGUAACUGGCCUUUAUACCUGCUAUAUACAUACUUUUUUUUAUGAAGCAGACAGAAAUCUUCUCAAUUUAUAUUGAUGUUGUGCUGUUAACUCUUUCACUCCUAAAUGACGAUACCAACGUUGAUUUGACCCAAUAAAAUUAAAAUUAAUAUUUGGCUUUAUAAACUUUAAUUUGUAUUAUAUAAAAAGAGCACGCAUUCUCUUAUACUUCUAUACCUAAUAUAAUAUUUCUUGAUAACAAACAAAAAAGUUAUUGAAGUUUAAUCAUAACAGGGUAGUGAAACACAGCUAAGCAAAAUGAAUAAUAUCAAUCGGAACGUGGACAAAAAUUACGGAGAGAAAGAGUUAAUAGAUUUGAAGGAAUUCCGAAACAUGUAAAACAUUUUACAAACAAUAGCGAAAUAAACGUUUAAUAGUGAUAACUGAU